AGAAGAUUACUUAAAUUUAUCGAACUUAUUUGUUUAUGUGCGACGCUGUAUCGUGGCUCUUUACGAUGAUAUAUGGCAUGAAGAGUUGAAGGUUGCACAGGUGCGCCAUUUUAAUAGAAAAUCCGAAUUGUUUACGUCCUAGCCCUUUUACUCGAAGAUGGCGGAUUCGCUAGAUAUGAAGAGAAUGAACGAAUCCAAGCAAGAUGAUAAUGAUAAUGAUGUGAUGCCUCAGCAGGACGGCGCCAUAACAAAAACCCGUUGUUUAGAGUCUUCGGGAAAACCAGAUCAUAUCUCUACGUUGGAAAAUAAAGAAUCCAACGAUGUUAACAAUGAACAGAAAGUAGCUAAAGAAGAACUCCAAGGACGAAACACUCAAAACGAAGAAUGUGAUAACGGUAUUGAUAAAAAUCAAGAGGCAAGUGGAGGAAUAAAUGUCGCUGAAGAAGGAAAACUGCAAUUUUGGCGUACUUUUGUAGUCAAUCCAGUUGAUAAAGAAAUAUCCAGAUAUUUAAUUGACCACGGAGCAGACGUUUACUUCGAGUACAAAGAUGGUGGAACAGUUUUAUGGAUUGGAACGAGAAAUGGUUUAGUCGAUCUUGUUAAAUAUUUUGUUCAAUAUGGUCCAGAUCAAAAUUUCCACGCAGAUUGCGUCGCUCUGAAAAGUGCAAUACAGUCUCGAUCCUUAGAAAUUGUGAAAUAUUUUGUUGAAGAUUGUGGUGCUGACAUAAAUAUUAAAGAUGAGUCGGGCAAAACUGCUUUACAUCAUGCUGUUGAUGAUGGUGUAACAGACAUUGUCAGAUAUUUAGUUGAAAAAUGUGGUGCUGAUGUGAAUGGAAAGGAUACUGGCGGGUGGACAGUGCUUCACGCUGCUAUUUCAAAAGGUACGCUAGGAAUCGCGGAAUAUCUUGUCGAAAAAGGAGCUGAUAUAAAUGCAACAAAUGAUAGUGGUUGGACAGCGCUACACAGUGCUGUUACUAAAGGCACGCUAGAAAUAGUAAAAUAUCUUGUUGAAAAUGGCGCUGAUGUAAAUGGAAAGGAUAUCGACGGCUGGACAUAUCUUGUUGAAAAGGGCGCUGAUGUAAAUGGCAAAAAUACAAACGGGUGGACUGUGCUGCACUCUGCUGUUACAGAAGGUGCGCUUGAAAUGGUAAAAUAUCUUGUUGAAAAGGGCGCCAAGGUAAACGGCGAGGAUACUGACGGGUGGACAGUGCUGCACUCUGCUGUUACUGAAAGUACACUAGAAAUGAUAAUAUAUCUUAGUGAAAAUGGCGCUAAUGUAAAUGGCAAGGACAUUGAAGGGAUGACAGUGCUGCACGGGGCUGUUUCUAAAGGUACGCUAGAAAUGGUGAAAUAUCUCAUUGAUAUGGGCGCUGGAGUGAAUGACAAGCACAGUGACGGUUGGACUGUACUGCACGCAGCUGUUUCUAAAGGUACGCUAGAAAUGGUAAAAUUGCUUCUUGAAAUGGGCGCUAAUGUAAAUAGCAAAGAUAACGAAGGGUGGACAGUUCUGCACUAUGCUGUUUCUUAUGGAAGGCUAGAAGUGGUAAAAUAUUUUAUCGAAAUGGGCACUAAUGUAAACAGUAAAAAGACCAACGGGCGGACAGUGCUGCACGCUGCUGUUAUUAAAGGCACUCUACCAAUUGUAAAACAUCUUGUUGAGAGUGGCGCUGAUGUAAAUGGCGAAGAUGCUGACGGUUGGACUGUGCUGCACUCCGCUGUAACUGAAGGUACGCUGGAAAUAGUAAAAUAUCUUGUGGAAAAGGGCGCUAAUGUGAAUGGAAAGAAGUCUAACGGGAAGACAGUGCUGCACUCUGCUGUGACUAAAGGUACGAUGGAAAUUGUGAGAUAUCUGGUUGAGCACGGUGCUGAUGUUAAUGGUAAAGAUGCUGAUGGAUGGUCAGUGUUGCACAUUGCUGUGGAUACAGGUACAUUUGAAAUUGUCCAGUAUUUAGUUGAGCAAGGUUCUGACGUAACUCUUGAAAGUAAAAGGGACUUUCAUUCUCUUGAUAUUGACAUCCUGGAGAUGGCUAUUGUGAACAAUUCAGUUGUCUUGGUCAAUUUUUUGUUGGAAAAGGAUAUUGCUGUGUGGAGAAUUGGGACAUUUCUUGUUGAAGGAAGGCAAAUGAGUCUUAUUGAUUGGUGUAUUUAUAUUGGUCAUGAUGAAAUUGCAGUUAUCCUCAAAAGCUCCAUAAAACAUCGUGAGAAAAUUAAAAUGUUAAAAACAUUCAAUUGCAACCAGUUAGAGAAGAUCGGAGUUCCAAUGCAGGACUUUGUUGCAAAGAAUCAAUUCAAAAUUGGCGAUGGUUGUUGUGGUUCUUGUGUCUAUGUUGGUCUUAUGAAAGAUGGAAGUGAAGUUGCUGUUAAAAGAAUUCUAGUACAAAGUGACGAUAACACAGUUGAAAAUGAAAAGGAGAUAAUGAGUCUCAUUAAAACAGACAACUCUCCAUUCAUAGUGAGUUAUCGACAUUUUCACCGCGGCGAUGACUUCAUGUAUCUUAUUGUGGAUCUUUGCGAAGAAAACUUGAGAGAACUUGUUCAUGCAUCCAGUAUUGAAUAUCUACAAGAGCAUGGUCCACGAAUGAUUAAGGAAGUUCUAUUCGGACUUGAAUUUCUUCAUGGAAAAGGAAUAUUGCACAGAGAUCUAAAACCAUCGAACGUCCUGGUUGAUAUUGAAGGUCGCAUGAAAUUGGCAGACUUUGGAAUAAGCCGAAUUCUAAAUGACGAUGAAACGACAGUUGAAACAUACGCUAAAGGUACUCCUGGAUGGAUGCCACCAGAAGUAAUCAAAGCAAUAGAGAAAAACGAAAAAGGUCCUUUCAAAAGGAAAUCAGAUGUUCAGGUCGCGGGUAUGAUUGCUUUCUUCGUCUUAACUAAAGGUGAACACCCUUUCGGUUCUUCGUUUGAUCGAAUGAGAAAUAUUUUAGAAGGAAACUGUGUAAGUAUUGACAGACUUGAUGAUCGUGAAGCUCGGCAUUUUGUGUCGUGGCUGAUUAGUCAUAAGAUUGAUGAUAGACCUUAUGCUCACGAAGCGCUGAGGGAUUCUUUCAUUAAUGGAGACUAGGAAAAUUUGGACUACAAAAUGAAUUUGUCGAAGGAGAUGAAACAAUGAUUUUAUUGAGUUAUCGGCCACAUUUUUAUAUCAUGGAGGGGGGGGGUGGCGACCCCCCAGGUCGCUCGUUACGCAGCUGCUCCCCUCCUAUUUUUUAGGUCCGCGCGCCUAUGGUAUUGAAAGCCUAAUAACUAUGAGUUUCCAAUGGCCUCCAGGCGGCUCUGUAGUGUAUAUCUAAGACUAUGUUCACACGGUAACGUUUUCGAGCGUUUUCAUUUUCAUUUUUAUGUCAAAACGGUUUCAAACACCGUUUUCGUUCAAAUCGUAAUAAAAGUUGAAGCUAGUUUAACAUAUUAAGCAUAUUUCCCCUUGGAUCGUGUGGACAAGGCAUCAAAGCGAUUAACUAGAUGAAAACGAUUUUGAAAACGCUCGAAAACGCAGCUCGUGCACACAUAGCCUAAAGUGUAAAUUAGUGUAAAUUAGUGCGCCAAAAGUUCGACACUGGUUCGUCAAACCAGCACACCCACUUUUCUUCGCCGCUGAUCAUUUUUUAGAAUCUGAACCUUAGGAAAAGUCAUUAGGAAAAGUCAUCUGAUUGCGAACAUAUUUAUGACAUUUAUCACCAGUUUUCACUCCAGUUGUAUAGCGUGCAUUGGUUCAAAUGCGCGCGGCUCAAUAGUGAUCUA